UUCGACCCGUAAUUCAUAAACUCAAUGCUUCUGCCCGUUAGAUAGAUGACUGGUCGGAUUCUUAACAUUGCUUCGAAGUCGAACACAACAUAUAAGAUCGUGUGAAAUUGUAAUGCUUUUCCUUUCCUAGUACAACACAGAACACACUCAUAACAACAGGGUUCGCAUCAAUAUCACAGAAAACAACGUUGAAAUGGAAGCAAAUAGUGGAGCAAGCGAACCCAAUUCGAAUGCCACCAUAAUAACCAUAAACGUGAAGUUCGGUGGCGUCUCUAUUCCCAUCUCAAUUUCACCUCACUUAACCAUCAACGGCUUCAAGUCCCUUCUUCUACCUUCCACCAAUGUCCUCCCUCGUGGUCAAAAACUCAUCUUCAAAGGAUGGUCCUGUCUGGAAGAAAGCUCAGGUUGUUCCCAAAUCGAGAAAAGAUGACUCAGGCUCUAACAACGACAUGAAGAAAAUUCCUGUUAAGAACAGGAUGGAACGGUGGAAAGCAACAGGAGUUGUGGCAUUGUCUGAAUGCAACUUGGAGGUCAUACCUGAUGAAGUGUGGGUUUGUGGAUCUUCUGCAAGAGUUCUAGAUUGCAACAACAAUUCAAUUACAGAUGUCCCUGAUGAAAUUGCACGUCUUACCGGUCUAGAUAAACUAUUCAUCAAUGCAAAUGAGAUAGUGGAUAAAUCGAUUAGGUGGGAAGGACUAACAACUCUGAAGUACCUAACUGUAUUAUCAUUGAACCAUAACAAUUUAACUACUUUGUCGUCUACUCUUGGAUCUCUUACCUCGUUAAGGGAGCUGCAUGUUUCCAAUAAUAAAUUGAGUGGCCUUCCUAAUGAAAUAAGGCAUCUGACACAAUUAGAAGUUUUGCGAGCCAACAAUAAUAGGUAUUAUUUAAACCUCGUACUUGAUUAAGUAUGGAUAUUUUCUUGUAACUCGUGCAAUUAC